AUGACGGAACUCUUGAGCUACCCUCUAGGAACCAAGCUUUUGACGAAGACCCCUUGCCAAAACGAAGGGGAAAGGAGAUGGUUGUUGUCAUUACAUGCUAUGAUGACUUGCUCGAUGACGACGUAUUGUGUCACCAGUGGAAGAAUGAUCCAAAGCCAUUGGAGGAUAUUUGGAAAACUUGUGGAAAUAUGGAGGAAGCUUGCUGGUGUAAAUAUUCAAAACCUUCAAGUUAUAACACCCCGUGGCCACUUGCUAAUGGAUGUGAGGAUGGUUCUAGCAGCGAAGUAUUCACAUUGGACAUGCUGGAAGAACACCACUUGGGGGUUUCAUUUGGUCCACAAGAUUAUCGAGAGACAGCUGCCGUAA